AGCUCGUCAUGCCUGCUGCGAAUCAGCUCAACCUAAAUUUCCAUUGACGUCAUUUGCUUUCUUCUGAGCAGCUAAGUUCUGCUGCUUGUUUUCUCGCGCCCCCCGGCGACAACUUGUUGGUUUUGAGCUAACGUGCCACGAGGCGUGGAUCAUCUCGGAUGGGACUUGGGACCUGGACUUUCUUUCUUCACGACACCGACUUUCCACUCCACAUUCAUCAAUUGCGCGCGCAAACCCGCGCGCGCUCAUUUCAUACUUUCAGUCGCCCGGAUUUCUUACUGCGCAUUUUUUGCUCAGCGCCACUCAUUCACACCCACUUUCCUUAAUCUGUCCUUGCAGUUUUCCAUUUGUUGCCCAACCUCUACUAUCUCUCCGACUUUUUUCUCCGCAUCAUCAUGGCGCCCAACGGUCAUUUGGCUUCUGCCAAGAAGGGCACUCGUAAGUCUCGCGAUGCUCAGUCCUCAUCGUGGAUGGACAAGCAUGGCUUCGAGGAGUACGAGGCCUGGAAAGAAGCAAAUCCCGACACUCGCCUUCCCUACGAUGACUGGAGGCAGUCGAAUCAACAUGCCAGCGGCCUCUCGCUGUACUAUACGACUUUGCGCAUUUUUGAAGAGUCGGAUUCGAGUGACGAAAAUGGUCAGCCAGUCAAAGCUAAACCUCAACCCACCAAACCACGUGGUCAGGUUGGCCGUCCUAGGAAAUCAGCAGCCAUGAAUGGCAAUGGACAACCGCGUUCGGCUGGAACCGCAACGCCGUCCAAGGCCGGCAACUUAGAAGACUCAAGUCCCUCUGCCAAGAAAAAGCGAAAGGCACGAAAGAAGCCACUUUCGGAGGAGAUUAUCGCAUCAGCGAGUGAUAGUGAUGACGCUGCCAAAGACCCUGAAACCUCAACACCGGGAGCUGAGACUGCAACACCCGCGGCUCCUACCAUUACCAUUACCAUGAAUGGCAAACGCAAGACUUCUACUCGUAAGGCUAGGAAAAAGCCUAUUUCGGAAGAAACUAUCUCGCCUGAGGACGAGCUCGACGAUCCAAUGGAUAUCACGAUCGAUGAGGUUACGAAGUCCACGAUCGCGUCUCCGUUACCUGUCCGUUCUGCUCCGAAGUCUCCAGUCACAGCACCAGCUACAAAUCCGCCCAAGAAAAGUCAUAUCCUCAAGCUCAGCACAAGAAAGACACCAAAGAAGCAGGAACUUUCCGAGGAAACUGUGACAGAGGACGUUGGUGAGGCCAAUGCUUCUUUGCAAGCGACACCCAGCACGUUUGGCAAGGGUACCCAGCCGAGAAUUUCUAUUCAUACAGACGCCACACCCAAAUCAAAUGGCGAUCCAGAUUCUGCUACUGCUUCGCCUGUUUCGACAAGCGCACCGAGCUCAACCCGACGCGGCCUGCGCACUCGCAAGCCUGCUCAACAGAGGCCUUACUACCAUGAUUCACAGCUGUUUGAGGAUGUAGAGCCAGGUAACGUCGAUGCCCAUGACCAAGAGACUAUGUCAUCUCCUAUCGUACAGAGCAGAAGAGUAUCCAUUGCGUCGCUUAGCAGGAAUGUUGACGACGCACUACUGGCCUCGCUGGACGAAGAAGCCAUGGCGCUGCUACAAGAAGAGGCCGAGUCAGAACCCACCAAACCAAAACACUUCAAGGGAAAGGGACGCGCUUGGAAGAAAGAAGGUUCGGAUGAAGACGAGGACUAUUCGCUUGCUGCGAAGAAGAAGGCAGCAAAGGCAGCGAAGAUGAAGGCAAAGGGCCAGGUGCCCAAGAAGCGGGGUCGGCCAAGGAAGAGCGGACGUUCUGAGGAGCUUGUUGGUGAAGAUACUGACGAGGACAAAGAGAAUAUAAAACGGAAGAAGCCUCUUCCACGCAAGAGCGCAUUGUCUGAGGAGAUUAUACAGGAUAGUUCGGAUGGCGGAGAGGGGGACAAGGAGGAGAGGACUAUCGUAGAAGAGGGUUCGGUACAAACAGAGAACACGGCUGAGCAAGAACACAAUAUUGAGGAAGAAAAUAGACUCGAGGAAGAUAAUGGCGAAAAAGAGGAAACCGCAGAGAAAGAGGAGGUACCAGUGGGGAACAAGACCAUUGUCGAAGACGAGGCGAAGGUCGGGCAAGAAGAAGAGCAGAAGACAGAACAAGAAGAGCAGGAAAAAGAAGUAGUGACGGUUGAAACGGAGGCGAGGGUUGAGGGAGUUGACCACGAGGAAACCGAAGAAAAGGUAGCAGAGGAGAAGAAAGAUGAAGAGGUGCAGAAGGAGGAAGGAAAAGAGCAGAAAGAAGAAGCUCCAGUGGCUCCAGCCAGCCCGCAAGACCGAUCAUGGACACCCGAAGGUCUACCAAACCCCACACUUCUACCUAACGACCACGGAAAAGACGAGCCGGCUUCCAAGAUAGACGAUGAGCAGGAGAGAGCUAGUCCUUUCCGAAAAAGCUGAUUGAGGUAUUUCUCAACGGCCUUUUUAAUAUGUUUUCACAGUUGUCGAGUUCAGACACUCACUUUAUUUUCCUUUGUCAAUUCCCAAAGAAAUAGAAUAUUGGUUUUUUUGAAGGAUGGUUACGAUUGUAUUGCUGAGUAGUCUAAUAAAGUUGCGUCCCCUGGUUCUCUUUGUUGGGAUGAUUGCAUGCAAAAUAGGAUUGAGGAAAUGUAGCACUUGGACGUCUGUAAUAACACGUUUGAAGCUGGUAAUAGAUUUAUGUUGUUUGC